AUGGCUGCACAAAACUUAGACAAUGGCUCUCAGCCAAAAUACGAAAGAACGCAGACGCAGCCUGAGAACCCGUUCGCUGCCUUAAUUCCGGAGCAGCAGAUUGCUAUCAUUCCGUCCUUCACCCUCGAAUCCGGAGUCACUCUUCAGAAUGUGCCCGUCGCCUAUACUACCCGUGGUAAACUCUCGCCCAACGGCGACAAUGCCAUGGUGAUUUGCCACGCCUUGACCGGCAGCGCAGAUGUCAGCGACUGGUGGGGUCCUCUCCUUGGAGGCCCUGGCAGAGCUUUCGACACCUCGAGAUUCUUUAUCGUGUGUAUGAACAGUCUCGGCAGUCCCUACGGCACAGCAAGCCCAGUCACUGCCAAGGACGGAGACCCGUCGAAAGGCAGAUAUGGACCCGAGUUCCCUCUGACCACGAUUCGCGACGACGUCAGCCUCCACAAGUUGUUGCUGGACGAGCUCGGAGUCAAGCAAAUCGCAGCAGUCGUUGGUGGGUCCCUCGGCGGCAUGUUUGUGCUGGAGUGGGCAUAUCUGGGCAAGGACUACAUUCGCUGCAUUGUGCCCAUUGCUACAUCUAGCAGGCACAGCGCAUGGGGUAUCAGCUGGGGUGAAGCACAGCGACAAAGCAUCUACGCUGAUCCCAAGUACGACGAUGGUUACUACUCGUUCGACGACCCGCCGUCGACUGGCCUUGGCGCCGCUCGCAUGUCUGCGCUGUUGACUUACCGCAGCCGCAACUCCUUCGAAUCCCGCUUCGGACGUAACAUUCCCGACCCCUCGAGGCGGCAGACUAUCCGAGAGAAGUCCAGGCCCAGCACCCCCUCCGAGGCUCACUUCCACAUUCACAACGACGGUCACAACGUCAAGCGGGUCACCAUCUCCCGGCAGAACAGCCAGGGAGGCACGACCGAGACUCCCGUAAAUGGCGCAACGGCCGACGCUGUCACGGAAUCUGCUGAUCCCCAGUUCCACGGUCCCCAGACGGAUAGUCUGACAGGCGGCGACAAGCUCCCCACCUCGACUUACUUCUCCGCGCAGUCCUACUUGCGGUACCAGGGACAGAAAUUCGUCAAGCGAUUUGACAGCAACUGCUACAUUGCCAUGACGAGAAAGCUAGACACUCAUGACGUCUCCCGCGGCCGCGCCCCGAGUAUUGCUGAAGCGCUGGCCCUGAUCGAGCAGCCCACACUUGUAUUGGGUAUCGAGAGUGACGGUCUGUUCACCUUUGCUGAACAGCAAGAGAUUGCCGAGCACAUCAAGACGGCUAGGCUUGAACGUAUCGACAGCCCCGAGGGUCAUGACGCCUUCCUGCUACAGUUUGAGCAAGUCAACCACUAUGUGCUGGAUUUCUUAAAGGAGACGCUGCCUGAUAUCAUGGGCAAGAAGGGCGAGGAGGUUGAGGAGGUCGGUGUUGGUCAGCUGACCAAGAGCAGCACUUUUGGGGAAGCCGAAGUAGACGAUAUUACUGCUUGGUAA